GGUGGGUGGUCAAAUGCGCUGUGGAAGCGGUUUUAGCUUUUGAGCUAAUGUUGGCGUGCUGAUGACCGAAUUGCUGGGCUGCGAUGGUUAAAAUGAACACAGAGACAGCCGCUGUGAUCCUGGUCCACCAAAACCGACUGCGCUCAGGUCCGAGCUGGAGCCGGUGCUAGCGUGUUGUAAGACACACUAGCAAGCACCGAGCCUCUUUGAGUCCUUUAUAUUGAAGCAGUGACGGGCCGAUAUGAGCAGUGAAGAUUGAUUUGCGAGGGCUUCGUGGCUGCUGUGAGCCUGUGCUGAAUGCGUUUCCUGCUCUACGCCGCCGCUGCGGCAGCCCUCGCACCGCAGCAGCAGCACUCAGCAGCCCUCGAUGCCGUCGAGCGCGCAAUAGACGCAGCGGUCGCGAGCACGUCGCAACCGAUCGAGGCGCUGCCGCCCGCCGAGCGCGAGUCCGUGGCGAUUGCACGGCGGCUGCGGCGGCGGCUCGACUCCUUUGCGCGCAACGGCGACUGUCGGCGCGUGGCCCGCGUCUCGAAACUCGCUUCGUAAGUGCGCGAUGCGGAACCCCUUUUUUGAUGAUUCACCGGAAUUGCAAGCCUGUCGACAAAAAUUUAGACUCCUUGAACUCGAGCGCACCGUCGCUUCGAUAUCGGCAAUCGCUUGUCCCGCCGGCGUGCGCCUUACUUUAUCAUUACCGCAGGCGCUGCUGGCUGCAGCGCGCACACUGCGUCUGCGACAGCUGUAGGCCGCUCGAUGAUCUGGGACCCGCGGUCCGACGGAUAUACGUGUACAUGCACCACAAGGAGGUUUUACUGGCCGUCGACACGGCGAAAAUAAUCCUUGCGGCGUAUCCCGAGGCGCACCUAGUGGUAGCGGGUCUCAAAGGGCAGCCCACGGAGGCCGAGAUGCGCGCGGCGCUGGAAGCUGGAGACGCCGUCGUGCUAUUUCCGUCCGACGACGCGGCGCCGGCGUCGGCGCUCGCCGGACCCGUCGACGUCGUCGUCAUUGACGGCACGUGGGAGCAGGCGCAAAAACUGAACGCGCGCCUGCCCGGCCGUCGCGCGAAACUCGACGAUGAUAUUGUUGACGAGCUGUCAAAGGGUGAGGGCCGCCAGCUGCGCUCCCACCCGACGGCCUGGCGCGAGGUCGGGACGCUCGCGGCGACGCGCCACUUCCUCGGGGCGCUCGGUGUGUCGUCGGCGCCGGUCCUGGCGGACUACCAGGCCGUCGCCGACGCGGCGGCCCGGCGGCAGCUCGGUCCGCCGCGCCUCUCCCCCAAGAGGCUUGUGUAA